UUCUGUUGCAGAGGUGCGUGCCGCCGUUCGAGAACGCGGCGUACGGCGUGCAGGUGGUGGCCACCAACACGUGCGGCGAGAGCGGGCCCAGCGAGUACUGCGUGCAGGCGGGCGCGGGCUCGGGCGGCCAGCGCCGCUCCUGCGACACGUGCUCCGAGGGCGAGUUCGGCGCGCGCCACCUCACCGACAUCCACCAGCCGCACAACGAGACCUGGUGGCAGUCGGACACCAUGCUGGCCGGCCACAACCAGGUCAACCUCACCCUCAACCUCGGGAAGGCAUUCGACAUCACGUACAUCCGGCUCGUGUUCCACUCGCCGCGGCCGCAGAGCUUCGCCAUCUACAAGCGCUCCUCCGAGAACGGCACCUGGACGCCGUAUCAGUUCUACAGUGCGACGUGCCGCGACUCGUACGGGCUGCCCGAGAGCCAGUACGCGCCGCGGGGGGAGGACACCCGCGCGCUCUGCACCUCCGAGUACUCCGACAUUUCCCCGCUCACGGGCGGCAACAUCGCCUUCUCCACGCUGGAGGGACGACCAGCCGCCUACUUCUUCGAUUCGUCCGCGGAGAUGCAGGAGUUUGUGUCGGCCACCGACAUCAGGAUCACCCUGGACCGCAUGAACACCUUCGGCGACGAGUACUUCGGUGACGCCCAGGUGUUGCGCUCCUACUUCUACGCCAUCGCCGACUUCGCGGUGGGCGCGCGCUGCAAGUGCAACGGCCACGCGUCCGUGUGCACCGAGGCGCGCGAGGGCGGGCGUCGCGGCCGCGAGUGUCGCUGCGAGCACAACACGGACGGCCCGGACUGCCAGCGCUGCCUGCCCUUCUACAACGACGCCCCCUGGCGCCGGGCCACCGCGCAGGACGCGUACGAGUGCAAGGCCUGCGAGUGCAACGGCUUCGCGACGCGCUGCUUCUUCGACAAGGACCUGUACGAGCAGACGGGGCACGGAGGACACUGCUUGGACUGCCUGGGCAACCGCGCCGGCGCCAACUGCGAGCGCUGCAAGGACACCUUCUACGAGCGCGAGGAUAAGGUCUGCAUCAACUGCAACUGCGACGAGAAAGGGUCCCGCAGCCUGCAGUGCAACGCCCGCGGCCAGUGCCAGUGCAAGCCCGGCGUGACGGGCGAGAAGUGCGACCGCUGCGAGGCGAACCACUACGACUUCGGCCCCCACGGCUGCACGCCCUGCAACUGCAACGAGGCCGGCAGCGCCGACAACUCGCCCAACUGCGACCCGUACUCCGGCGCCUGCGCCUGCAAGGAGCACGUCGAGGGGAAGCGAUGCGCAGUGUGCAAACCAGGUUUCUUCAAUUUGGAUACAGAGAAUGAAUUCGGUUGCACUCCUUGCUUCUGUUAUGGUCAUUCCUCAGUUUGUCAGUCUGCGCCUGGAUAUUCUAAAGUUACCAUUGAAAGUGCCUUUGCUAGAGGAAAUGAAAAGUGGACUGCAGAAGAUGUCACUGCUCAGCCCAUUCCUUCUGAGUACAACAGCAUUACACAAACCAUUGGCGUUAGUGCUCCAUCCCGAGAUCCAGUCUACUUUGUUGCACCUGAUAAAUUUUUGGGUGAUCAGAGAGCUAGCUACAAUCAAGACCUUAGCUUCCAUUUGCGUAUUGGUGAGAAUGGUCCCAGUCCCACAGUGCAGGAUGUUGUAUUGGAAGGCUCAGGCCUUUCUAUAUCCCAGGCCAUCUUUGGACAAGGCAAUAAGCUUCCGACUGUGAAGGACCAGGAAUAUACCUUCCGUCUACACGAAAAUCAAGACUAUGGGUGGCAACCUCGUCUCACUGCUCGCGAGCUGAUGUCUUUGCUCUCCAAUUUGACUGCUAUCAAGAUCAGAGGAACAUACACUCCAGAGGGAGUCGGCUUCUUGGACGAUGUCAAGCUUCAAGCUGCCCGACGUGGUGCAGCUGGGCAAUCAGCCCAAUGGAUUGAAAUGUGCACUUGCCCAGAAGGAUAUGUGGGCCAAUUUUGUGAAUCGUGUGCUCCAGGUUUUCGACAUGACCCAGUUCAUGGUGGACCAUUUGCCCGUUGUGUCCCAUGUAACUGCCAUGGACAUGCUGACAUUUGUGAUGCAGACACUGGUCGCUGUAUUUGCCAGCACAAUACAGCUGGUGACAAUUGUGACAGAUGCGCCAAGGGAUAUUAUGGAAAUGCCUUACAACAGACAUCCAAUGACUGCAAGCCCUGUCCUUGCCCUGAUGGGGGUCCAUGCUUCCAGCUUCCUGAUGAAACAGUUAUUUGUCUGGAAUGUCCCAAGGGAUACGCAGGUCCUAAAUGUGAUCUUUGCAGCGAUGGAUUCUAUGGAGAUCCUACAGGCCGGUUUGGCGAUGUAAAACUUUGCCAGGCAUGUGACUGUAAUGAAAAUGUGGACCCAAAUGCUGUUGGGAACUGUAAUCGUACAAGUGGAGAGUGCCUAAAAUGUAUUUACAAUACUGGAGGCUUUGAAUGUGAAUCAUGUCUCCCAGGCUUUUAUGGAGAUCCACUUUCUCAAACCAAGGGAGACUGCAAACCAUGCCAAUGUUCCCCCUAUGGGACUAAUGAAACUAAAUUUGGACCACUUAUUUGUGAUCAGUUUACUGGCCAGUGCCAAUGUAAACCUCACGUUUUGGGUACCAACUGUGACUCUUGUGAGCCUGGCUACUUUAACAUUUUGAGUGGAGAGGGUUGCCAAGCAUGUGACUGUGAUCCUAUUGGCUCAGUAAAUCACACAUGUAAUGUCAAUACUGGCCAGUGUGUGUGUCGUGAAGGAAUUACUGGUCUUCACUGUGAUCAAUGUCUUCCCUAUCACUAUGGCUUUUCCACUGAUGGCUGCAAACCUUGUGAUUGUGAUGGAAUUGGAUCCACUAACUUACAAUGUGAUCCAUCAGGACAGUGUCCAUGUUAUGAAAAUGUGGAAGGAAGACGGUGUGACCGCUGUAAAGAAAACAAAUAUGAUCGUCAACAUGGUUGCCGUGACUGUCCUGCUUGCUAUAAUUUAGUUCAGGACGCUGUAUCAGCUCAUCGUUCAAAGUUAAAUGAACUGAAACGCGUUCUGAAAGACAUUGCCAAUAAUCCUACUACAACAGAUGACAGUGAUUUUGAAAGCCGCUUGGCUGAAGUGCAAAGGAAUGUUGAUAAACUUCAUGAAGAUGCGAAGACAGGUGCUGGAAGCGAGGACACAAGUUUACUACAGAAAAUAGAAGAUUUCCGUAAGCAGUUGGAAGCUGUAGCAUCAUCAACAACUCAGGUGAAGAAAUGGACAAAGCAAGCAGCAAUUGCAACAGAACAAGGUGAAAAAAAUGUUACAAUGGCAGAAAAGACUAUUGAAAGAAUUCAGUCAAACCUAAAGAACACUAUGGAGUAUCUCCAAACUGAUGGUAAAGCUGCACUUCAAAAAGCUUUGGAUCGAUCCAAUGAAUUUGGUCAGAGAAGUGCUCAGAUGUCUGAUAUAGUCCGAAAAGCUCGUACUAAAGCUGAACAGCAAGAAGAUGAGGUAGAAAAGAUAAAGAAAAUUGCUGAAGAGGCCAAGAAUGUGUCAUCCAAAGCAUUCACCUUAGCUAAUUCUGCGCUAAAUCAACAGCAAAAUACCAGUAAUGAGCUACGCAAGCUGGGAGGAGAUAUUGUUCAACUUGGCCAAAAGCUUGAAGGGAUUAAGGGGUAUGCUACCAUGACUAGUGCUCGAGUAAAUGCUACUCAUGAAGAUGCACUGAGUGUUUACAGUGAUAUUUUUGCUCUUAUUCUGCCGGAUAUCAAUGUACCAAAAAUAAAGGAAGAUGCUAAUAUUGCAAAAGUAGAAGCAGAGAGAAUGAAAACAGAUGCUGAGGAACUUGUCAGUUCUCACACAGAAUUGCUUAAGGAUCUAAAUAUUCAAAUGGAACAGUCAGAGGGCCUCCUUCAGGCGGGAGAGCAACAGAGAGACAAAGCAACGGAACUGCUGUCCCAAGUUGAUGCUGCCUAUGCGAAGGCAACAGAAGCUGUAGAAACAGGAGAGAAAAUUUUCCUGGAAGCGCAAGAAACAUAUGCAACACUUCAAAAGUUUGACAAACAAGUUCAAGAAAGUAGAGCACAAGCACCCAAAGCUUUGAAACAAAAGCCAAAUAUUACUCAGCUCAUCACAGAGGCAAAGAUCAAAACAAAUGAUGCUCGGCUUGCUUUAGCGGGUGCUCAGACAAAUUCCCAAAAUGCCCGGGACUCUGCACAGGAUGCUCAAGUGAAAUAUGCUGACCAGGCUAGUAAGGAGGCCGAUGAGAUCCGACAGGGAGCACAAGAAACCAAGGAAAAGGCUGGAAAGUUGAGAGAUGAAGCAGAUUUGCUGGCUGAACGCGUCGUUGAAACUGGUAGGAAUGUAGGCCAAUUGGAACAACAAGCCACACGAGAUGAAGACCUUACUUCCAGUGCCAAAAAGAAUGUGGGACAAGCAAAGAGUGAUGUAUCAGAUGCAGCAAAACAAGUGCAGAAAGCCUUAGAAGAAGUAGAAGCAAUCAUCAAAGAAUUGAAUGAAUACUCUGACACAAAUGAUGACUCUCAGGAUUUGAACAAUUUAGAAGAAAGAUUAGAGGCAGCAAAACAAGAGUUUGAUCGUGCAAAUCUUGAUAAUCGCAUUGAAUCUCUUACAAGUGCUAAACAGGCUCAGACUCAAUGGAUGAAGAGCUAUCAAGAAGAUCUUGAACGAUUAGUUGCUGAAGUUGACAAUAUAGGAGAGAUCAGUGAAGCACUUCCAAGUAAUUGUUUCAAGCAAUUAGCGCUUGAGCCAGAUCCAUGAAUAUAAAAAAAAAUGUCUAAAACUGUUGGGAAAGUGAUUUAUUAAUCGAAGUGUGAGGUACACUUUUUAGGGGUUGUUAUUUGAAAGAUACGAAAUGUCAUCUAUGCAUCAGGGUUAUGCUGACUAGGAAAACUGAUAGACAUAUUUAUUAGCUUGAAAGUAAUGGUACAUAUGAAAAGACACUGCUCUUCUUGCCAGCAUUAUAAAAGUUUUAAAAGGAUACCAAUGGACUUAUGAUUCCCAAAUUUGCGUAGUACAAAAGAAAAAUAACUGUGGCUGUUGAUUAGUAUCUUCAGAAUGUGUAUUUAUUAAGCUCGAUCUUCAAUGUGUUGUAGUCCUAAGUCGUUUUGUGUGUCAUGGUUUGUGGCUGUAUGAGGCCACACGACUUACAUAUCACAGUGAAUACAUCUAUGGUUGAUUACUUAUGCAUGUGAUACAACAUAUUAUAGAUCAGGCUUCAUUAUUUGUUUGGACUUUACCAUCAUUUAUGUGAACAUAGUUCCCAAGAUACAAGAAACAGUAAUGAAAUCAUGAUCACCGUCCUUCAGUCAUUUUUGUCAGUUAUAUAUUUGGCAUGUGCCAUUAAUUCAGUAAACUGAGAAGAGGAAUUGAUCUUAAAUCUUUACAAAUUGUAAAGUGUAGUGCCAUUUGUGUUUUGUAGAUAUUUGAGUGGUGAUGUAGGUAUAGGUUCAAGUGUUUAGAACAAUGCUCUGAAGUAAGACUAAGACUGGAUUUGGUUACUAUUGCAGCAUUCUAAAAACUCAAAAAUUCAAAUUAAAAAUACGAAAAUGAUGUGACAUAUCUUAGUUUUUAGAAAUCAGUUAAUCAAUUAUCUGUGUCCUGUUUUUAUUGUUUUAAUUUAAUUAACGUUUUAAGUUAUGUUAGGAGAAAUCAGUAACAUACUUUAGAAUUCAGUAGGAUUUUUUUAUCAGAUGAUUAUUGUUGAAUACCAAAGAUGAUAUUUAAUGUGAAAAUGUGCUGUAAGUAUCAUGCCUGGGACGUCUCAUUUCACUGCCAAAAUUUUGGUUUAGCCGAUAGUGUUGCUCUUAUCGUCAGGCCAAGCAAAACAUUUUGUAUGAAUGUGAGGGAAAAUGUUUCCAAAUAAAAUGACAAAAGUUAUAAAAA